ACAAUUAUUUUGUGAAUAGGAAUAUGUAUGUAGGAUUCAUAUAGCUUAACAGAAAUGUACAACCCUAAAGUAUGUUUUCAGAAGAAAGAAAAACAAAAAGGGAAGAUUUAUCAUCUCAGAUCCACCUAUUUUGAGAUGACUGAUAAGUAGCGACUAGGUUGACACUUGACAGAUUCAUUUCAGGUUCCCCGAGCAGCGCCAUCUAGAAGUCCAUGUUGGGGACGAUGAAACCUACAAACUCAAUCACAAAAACAAUAUCCCAUAAACUCAAGAAUAUCAGCAGAACCCCAUUAUCAUCAUCAUCAAUUCCAAAGGAGAAGGUGGAUUGUUUGGUAAUAGGGGCUGGUGUAGUGGGCAUAGCAGUGGCUAAAGAGCUUAGUGUGAAGCAUGGCAGAGAAGUUUUGGUGGUUGAUUCUGCCCCAACUUUUGGGACUGGUACCAGUUCUCGCAAUAGUGAAGUUAUUCAUGCUGGCAUUUAUUAUCCUCCUAAUUCUCUCAAGGCAUUUUUCUGUGUUAGAGGGAAAGAAUUGCUCUACAAGUAUUGCAAAGAUCAUGAAGUUCCACACAAGCAGAUAGGCAAGCUUAUAGUUGCUAAUGGUUUAUCAGAGAUUCCAAAGUUGAGUGCUCUCAUGACUCGAGGAAUUCAAAAUGGGGUUGAGAGUCUGACGAUGAUGGACAGUUAUGAAGCUAUGACACUGGAGCCUGAAUUGCAAUGUCUUAAAGCUUUAUGGUCACCUUCCUCGGGAAUAGUUGAUAGCCAUUCAUUGAUGCUAUCAUUGGUGGGCGAAGCUGAAAGUCACGGCACGACUUUCUCCUACAAUACUGCGGUUAUUGGUGGUCAUAUUGAAGGAAAUGAAAUUCAAAUUCAUGUUUCUGGGAGCAAUGCUAUUGCAAACUGGAAUGGGAGGUCCGAAUUGGACUCUGAACUAAUUCUUGUUCCCAAGCUUGUCGUAAAUUCUGCAGGCUUAAGCGCUCCAGCCAUUGCAAAACGAAUGAAAGGCCUACCUAAUGGUAUUAUUCCUGCUUCUCACUAUGCUCGUGGUUGCUACUUCACCCUGUCAAACACUAAAUCCCCUUUCAAGCACUUGAUUUAUCCUAUACCUGAGGUUGGUGGCCUUGGAGUGCAUGUGACCUUGGAUUUGAAUGGCCAAGUCAAAUUUGGUCCUGAUGUUGAAUGGAUAGAAGGAAUUCAUGAUAUUCCGAGCUUCCUCAACAUGUUUGAUUAUUCUGUGCGUGAAGACCGUGCAAAGCAAUUCUACCCAGCGAUAAGAAAAUACUACCCUGGUCUGAAGGAUGGAUCUUUGGAGCCAGGUUAUGCAGGCAUCAGACCAAAGCUUUCUGGUCCAGAAGAGGGGUCUACAGAUUUUGUAGUUCAGGGAGAGGACAUUCAUGGUAUAUCUGGUUUAGUUAACUUGUUUGGGAUUGAAUCCCCAGGCCUAACUUCCUGUAUGGCUAUUGCGGAGCAUGUUGCAGCUAAAUUACUGAAAUAAUAUGAGAUUCCUGUUCUCACACUGAAUUGAUAUUUGAACAUCCUGAAGUUUCAGGUUUUGAAUUGAAGAACUCUAUGGUCAUAGAAAUGUAUUAUAAUUGAAAUUUGCCAUCUAAGGAUAUAUUGUAUGUUGCUAGUGACUUGAGGAACAAAGAAAAUACAUUAGUGUCUUUGGCUUGUUGGGUCGUGACACUGUAUCAUCUUAUAAAGUUUCUUGACUUCUGUAGGAAAA